UAGACAAUUUAUAGAAGAAAAAUUUAGUGAGCUGCUUUAUGAACCAUCAGGACAGUUUCACAACUUUUGUCGUAUGAGUUUUGUAGAUUUUGAAUAUUUGCUAAACAAAAUUUCACCUCUAAUUUCGAAGCAAGAUACUGACUUCAGAGACGCCAUACCAGCUAAAUAUCGUCUAGCAAUAACAUUAAGAUUCAUCGCAAGUGGUGACAGUUAUAAAAGUUUACACUAUUUAUUCAAAGUAUCCCCCCAAAUAAUAUCAAAAGUCAUACCUGAAGUCUGCAAUGCUAUUAACCAAGUUCUGAGAGACGAAAUAAAGAUGCCAUCAACGAAAGAUGCUUGGAUUAAUAUUGAAAAAGGAUAUAGAAGAAAAUUUCCGCACUGUCUGGGUUCCAUAGAUGGCAAACAUAUUGUUAUAGAAAAUCCACCUCACAGCGGAACGGAGUAUUUUAACUAUAAGAAAACCUUUAGCAUCGUUCUUUUGGCGUUAGUUGAUGCCAAUUACAAAUUUAUAUUUGCAGAUAUAGGAUGCCAAGGGAGAAUCAGUGAUAGUGGCGUUUUUAAUAAUUCGUUACUAUGGCAAAAGAUCUCUAGAAAUGAAAUAGAUUUUCCUACACCAUGCCCACUUCCUGGAUCAAACAUUGAUGUGCCGUACGUUUUCAUAGGCGACGGCGCUUUUGCAUUAAGUGAGCAUGUUAUGAAACCCUACCCAGGACAGCAUAACGUCGGUUCACCAAAAAGAAUAUUUAAUCAAAAUUUAUCGAAAGCUCGGGUUGUAGUAGAAAACACAUUUGGAGUUUUAACAUCGGUAUUUCGAAUUUAUCGUCGCCCAAUUGAUUUAGAUCCGAGUACUGUAUCACAUAUUACAAUGACCUGUGUGCUAAUACAUAACUUCCUAAGGAAAAACUCCCCAGAAAGAUAUACCCCUCCAGGAACUUUUGAUGUGAUUGAUGGAAAUGGCCAACUAAUAACACCUGGAUCUUGGCGAAACUACAACAGUUGUUAUAAUGCAAUUUAGGACGUUCCAAACUUACCACGUAGGUCAGCCGUGCACGCCAAACAGAUAAGAGAAGAAUUCACUUCAUAUUUUUGUAGGUCGACAUAGCAUAUUAUAUUAAUUUAAUAAAUGAAAAUUUAAAUUAAUAAAAAAUAAUUGAAAAUGUAUACCUAUAGGUCAUUGAUAUACUAGUAAAAAACGUAUAUAGGACAUACGCGCUCAAAAGUGGCACAUGGAAAAACUAAGCUGGGCUAUUUGACUUCAGUCACUUGGCCAACGUAUGAAUAAGGAUAUUGACUUUUAUGUGAGUGUGACAGAGAGGUCAUAUUACUUAGUUGAUAUUAUUAGUUAGUAUAGUAAGUUUGUAUUUAUCUAUUUUGAUACAAUAGAUUAAAUAAACCACUACGAAAAAUA